UUAAGCAGGCUGUGGUACAGAGUGCAUGCUCCGCCGGCAGCGCGGUGGCGGGAACUGGGUGGGGGCGUGGCAGUGAUACAUCGAUCCGAGUUUGCUAAAGUGUUAGGUGGCAGUGAAUCAGCUGUGAACUUAGUGAUUAAAAUGGCCGCCAGAAUGCAGAUGUCUCACACAGUGACGGUUACCAGGACAACGACGUCCACCACCACCUCUGCCAUCAUCCUCAACACCGGCUACUGCAAGACGGCGCCCGGCCUUCUCAAGAUCGGCGAAGUGGUGGUCGGUUUAAUCAUCUUCCUUAUGAUGUACCUCUACAACGAUAGAUUUCGUUUGUACGCCUACACAUCCACUACCAGCCACUUCUACUUGUUCAUGGUAGUGUUUGCCUGCCUGGUCGGUAGCAUCUGUCUGCUGCUAUCCUGCCUGUUCUCUCUCUCCACUGCCUCCAUUAUCGCCAAGACUUUAUACGAGUUUAUCUUCCAUGGUGUUGCAUUCCUCCUGUACUUGGUGGCGAUGAUUUUCUACUUUGUCAACAACAAAAACACUGACCAGCAUCCUUACUCCACAGUUGGAGCUCUUGGAGUUGUGAUAACAGUGUUGUACCUGGCCAGCACAAUUCUCGCCUACCGAUCAUACAGAGGGGCCUAAACGUCACUCCUCAUUCUUCUGUAUGAUUGUGAUCAUGUCAGUAAUCAUAUGAUGUCAUAUUCAUUCACAACUGCAGAUUUGUUGUCAUAUUUUUGUAUUCCUUUGUUAACUUGACUAUUGUCUGACUAGGUUAUGUACAAUUUUAAAAGGACUAUUCACUAUAAAAUUGUAUUUUAGAAGAUUUUACAAGAUUUGUAUUUUUAAAAUUAUUUACAAGCAUUGUGCUCUGCACCAGACUGCACAAAAUCAAGUUGCAUUUAUUUCACAGAAUCUUAAUUUAGGAUUAUUUAAUUUCAUUGUACUUUAAUAUUUUUAAGUGUAUGCCUUAAUCUUUUAUUUUUAUACUGUGUAGAUUAGUAAUUUAUUUAACAGUCUACUGCGUUCACCCUAACUCAUCGUCAGGUAUAGUUAAAAAAAAAUAUAAUACUCAAGAUACUUUCUUGAUUUCUUUGUGGGUUAUAUAAUUGUUUAGUUUUUUUUAUUAUUUUGUUAACAAUUUAUUUAAAAAUAUUGUUUGUAUAAAUUUGUGUUGUUUUACAUUGCAUGUCUAAAAAUACCUAAUUUUAAUUUCAUGUAUUGUAAUUGAAUGAAAAUCAACAAUGUAAGAAUUUAGAGAAUGUUACAAGUGUAAGUGUUUUAUUGUAGAAUUAAGAUUAGAUUUACUCAUAGGUCACUUUUGGUUUCACAAAACUUGACAAUUACUUUAUUCAGUGAUGAGUGUUAUAACUAUUUUUACGCAAAUGAGAUCUGGGAAGGCUUUACGUUGCAAUAAAAACAAGAUUUCUAGAUAGUAACGGGAUUGAUAAAAGAGACGAAUGGAAUCCCAAGAUUGCAUUGCUUUAGCAGUUUAAAGAAGGCACAUGUGGUACUGUCAGAAUUUAUACAUCUAACACCCCCACCGUUACAUCCAGUUUACUUUUUUGAAUCAAUAUUUUUAUUUUCAAUGUAUUAGUAGAUUUUUAUAUUUUAUUGGCAAAAAGUAGGAUAAAAAUAUACUUCAUAAUUAAAACCUUUAUUAUUGUAAGAAAGUGUGCAUAUUUUCCAACAAACACAAGAAAAUCAUUCAAAUAACUUCAGAAAUAAGGUUUUGAAAAUAUUUUUCAAAAACGCUAGAAUGCAGUACACCAUAGGAAUCAAAAUAAAAGUACUGUAUGCCAUAAAAGGGAUUUUAUCUUGAAAAAAAUGUUUUAACGUAAUUAUAAUAAUCUGAAGGAUAUCUCUUUAUAUGUUGUUCGAUAUAUUACAAAUUAAAAAUAAAGAAGUAAGGGAAAAAUGUUUUUCUAUAAAGAGUGUGUACAUAUAUAUCAGUACAAUAUCGUUUUGAAAUUGAUUUUUCAGUGCCGAUAUCUUCGCUGUCGGCUGUUUUGGACCCAUAAUUCCAGAACCAAUAUAUUGGCCCAUGGCAAUCGGAGGGUUAAGAAAAUAGAUAUAAUUAAAUUAUACAGACAUUAAAUUCACCCUAGUGUAAUAUAGAAUAUUUAUCCAGGGUUGUAAGAAUUGAUUAAAAGUGAUUAUUUUUACACAUGUUUAAUUACUCUUUUAUUAUCUACUUAGUAGUUUUGUAAUUGUGUUAAAAAGAAUUUCAGUUAAAUUGACCACAGCCCUGAAAGAUCUGACGUAACUUUUGUCAUAUGAUCUCUGAAAACAUUAAUCAAAACACAGUACAAUGUCUUCCCAUUCAAUAGAACCAACCUGCCUGUAGCUCUAGAAACUUUAGCAUGGUUUUAUAUACAAUAAAUCAUGUAUUUUGUAAGCUACUACUGUCUCAUACCAAUACUGCUGUCUCAAGUAGCUCAAUUGUGUGUCCAGCUGUUGUGCGUUAUAGCUGUGCCUUGCUUUCCUCGUGGUGCCUUCCGUGUUUGUAUAUAAUUUUACCAACGUACCAUCAAAAUAAAAUUUCUUUAAAAAUA